AUGGACUUCCCUGGGGGCGCAAACACCAACAUACAUCUCAUUGAUGGUUUCUCCAAUAUAUAUUGGAGAAUAUACACAGAAGAAUCUCGUGGCCCAAAUCAAUCGCAAGAAGGCCCUGCCAAUGGCUAUACGAUUUUGAAGCAUUUGAGUCGUCUCAAGGAUCUAGAGGCUCGACUCAGAAGCCUGAACUGUCUGGCAUCCUCCCCAAGGCGUUUGGGACUUUGGGUUUUUUCCCCUACCCCUGAAUUUGAAAGUUUGAAACCUCUCUAUCUGGGUGACGAGGAUAAUAAUAAAAUCGUUGUCGGUACAACAACUUUGAAAGUUGGCGCCUUGGGAAGUGUCACCGCGCUGGACUUGGUGAAAGGGCUCACCGACAAUCAGGGCCAGGGUGCUCAACCUGGGCAGCCACGACCAACUCAAGGGCAAGCACCAUCUCGACGCCAAGAUGGCCUCAUCAACUCAGCGGGCAUUUAUGCUGCUUUCAUAUCUGCAGUCACAGGUUCAAUCAGCCUCCAAUUAAUUCGACGUCAUGGCGCUCUACCGCUCGGGUCGCGCACUCUUUACACCGCGGUGGAGAAGCUGGGCUAUGAAAGCCCCCACAUCAAUAACGACAGCAUACUUUCUAGUUCAUGCUUAACGACACUGAAUGUUCAGCUCACUCUGAGUGGAACAAUUACUGUUUCUACCCAGACUGUACCGCAAACUGGGAUCAUGCGACUGUCGUCCCGAGAUGACGUCGCCGAUCUCCUCAACUUGCAGCCUGGAAUGGAUCUUUGGCUAUGCCCUAAUGGAAGUAUCGCCCGACUAGUUACAGCAAAUAUCGAUGCGUCUACUGUUCCUUCUCCAGGUCAUCCCACUUCUGGCGAUGUAUCAACAAAGCGAAAGCAGUGGAAGCAGGAUGUUAUACAGUGGCUGCAGAAUUUUGGCUUGCAAAUCGACUCGAUCGAGGAAGAACCUUGGGUUGAGAUUGAGGUAUGGGAGGCAUUCUACGCGAGGCUUGCUGGGGAAGCAUGGAGACAAAGUGACGAUGGCCAAUCCGCACUGCCGCUGAAACGCAUGAUUUGGCCUGCUAGAUUUUGUUUCAGGAGGGCUAGCUCAUCGAAUGCCACCUUCGAAACCCAGAUGCCUUUUUUCGAAGAUCCUCUAGAUUUCGCAGAGCGUUGGUCUUCGCAGGCGAGCUCUCUCAAGCUAGAUUUACCAGCCCAAAAGAUCCAUGUUCCACAGGAGCGUCUAAUAAAGGAUCAUGAAAUAUCGCCCUCUCCCAAAUCUGACCACCUGGAAAGAAUAGAGAGUCUAUCUCGAAUUGCGCAAUAUCCCGAUUUGCAAAACACAAAUCUGGUUUAUCCAACUCCCCCGGACGGAGCUGCGGCAACUGGCAUAAACAAUCCAAAUACGUCCGAGGCUUUUGCGGAAGAUUCUGACUUUGGACUAUCUAACGCACCUCCACGAGACCCUCAAAGAAAUGAUUCAGCGUCAGGGAUUUCACCUGAUCAUGACGUUGGAGUAGGAACUGGCCAUUAUGAUGCAAGUGACGAAGAAGAUCUCUUCGGGGAUAUGAAUGACAGGGACUUCGGGUCGAAGGGCAUCACUGAUGCUGACUUUAGCUUUUUUGAUAAUCCCGACUUUGAAGGCAUGGACGAUGAGCCCGCGGAGCAACCACAAGUAACCAUCCAAACAUCUCAGAGUUCAUCUCGUCCAGAGGACGAAACUAUGAUUGAUGAAAACCAAUCUCCUAGUCAACCGCCGGAAACACCAGAUCAUGUGGAAUCGGAGAUACAUGUCUCUUCAAUACAACAAGAAGUUCCACGGCCCAACGAGUCUCUCUCUCCCCGAGAGGUCGCUCAUUCGCCUACGGACCGGGCAGGCCAAACAAUCAGCCCACCUUUGAGUCCAAUAGAAGUGAAAAAGAUACUGUUUCCAGAAAACGAGAUCAAUGACGACAGGGGCUCUACUGAUAUCCAUGGCCAAGGACAUUACCAUCCCGUGGCCUUCGAGAAGAAACUUUGCGACUGGGAUCAAAAGUAUGGAACAGCUGGAAAGUUUUGGUUCUCAACGGGUGGCCCUUCAGACACAUCGGAGCAAACCUCUGCGAUACCUACAAUUGGCAUACCACACCGCAACAGAAGCAGUAUAAAUACGAGUGCUGCUACAAAAGAGCGCAGCAGAGCCAAUUCGUCUCUGGUCCAAACAAAACAAGAGCCACGAUCCUCCUCGGUUUCAAGCUGUGAUAGCGACGAAAGCAGCGACGAUAGUGCAGAAGUCAUGCCAGAACAUGCUGAAACUCCUUCCACGCUGUCGAUGAUACCUUCUUUGAAGCGAAAGCGUGCUCCUUCGGAAAUUGAGACCAUGUCUGUUGCAUCCCCAGAAAAGCAACUGACUGCUACUGAAGAAAGCCCGGUGCUGAAAGCCGAGAACUCUACGUUCUUGGGCAAUUUUUUAGCCAAUUUUUCCGAUUGGACUCUGACUGGCUACUUUUCUGCGUUGCAGUCCCAGCAAUCCCCGGUUCUUCUCCUCCGCGAAGAUCAGCUUCAGAUUGCCCAACUUUUCGUUGAACAAAUUACACAAUCAUCACUCAGACACCCACUGCAUGAACAGAUUGGCCCCAACAACCUCGAAAGCCACUCCCUUUCACAGUUACUGGACAAUAUUGAACUGCUGGGUGAAGUUUCAAGGCUUGAUUUCAAGAGAUAUACCUCACUGCAAGACGAGUUUACUGCCAACCGUCUACAACAGCAACCACCACAAUACCCAGCGCCACCUAAGGAUGUCCCCAGAAGCUUCAUUGCAAAGCUACCUCUGCCCCAUGUUCGUGUUCGUCGAGGUGAGGAGUUCCUAGAAGCUCUCCCUCAAACGAUGAAUUUUUGGCAAAUGCUCGGCCUUGAACCAGCCCAUGGGCCAAAGAAUAUCUCAGCUUAUUGUAUCUUUCCACAUACGGUCUCAAGAGCUGCAGAUGUGUUUCUGGGACGGUUUGGUCUUUUAUAUGAAGAAGGCUGCGCCCUUGGAAGCCAUGCUCGCGGGGACGACUCUGUGGGCUUUCAAAAAGGAUUGAAGUCAUGGCAGUCUGACUCAUCUAGUUAUGAGUCUAUGAUGCUGGUUCUGAAGGACAUAUGUGAGGAGCUUGGAACGGAGCUUUCUCGGUCUCCACCCAAGGCUGAUAAUUGCGUCGUCUAUAUCAUCAAUCCGUUCACUCACACUGCGGCACUGGCCGAUAUUUGUUCCGCCUUCUGGCAUCUUUUUCAGCAAUUGGUAGCAGACUCUGAGCGUCGACAGGUCCGGCCUGUGAACGAGCUGGUUCUGCAAAUUAUCCCUAUGGAAUUUGUCAUGUCGAGUGAGGCAUUGGUUACGCCCUCUCAAGAAGACUAUGUGAAUCUGGCUUUUGAGGUUUAUGGUCGAUGUCGUCCCAAAGAGAGCAAUGCAAGUCCUCUGCUCUGUACACCACUUAUAUAUCUAGCCGAUCCUCUCCCGAAAGCCAUCAACUUUCGACUUGCACCCGAAAGGGCGUCACCACUUCAGGAUGGACGGAGUCUUCAUAUUGCUUGUUCUCGAAGUUUAGACCAACGCUGGAUAUCCGUGGCAUGGUCUGAUGUUCCUGGAUCUAUUCAAAGGACAGUGUCUUACUGCCUCAAGUAUCGUCAGUCGAGUGGUACUCGACCGAUAUCUGAAGUGAGGAAAGAGAUAUGGGCUACGACAAAACACAUCAUGGAAAAGAUCCAAGCGCGGUGGAAAGUUCAGCUUGUAAGCACGGAGCCUAUGGAAACCGAUGAGGUCGAAGCGUGGACCAGCCUCGCAGACCAAUACAACAAAUUACGACCCGCCUCAUUGGAACUGACCAUUCUCUCCGUUAACACCAUUCCCGAUUUAAUUCUCGAACCCCCAACUGCCCCAAUAUCAAUGGCAGUCUUCAACCCCUUAUCAUCAACAACUCCCGUUUCCACCCCCAAUCCCAACAACAGUAUUGCAUCCCCCGAGCAAUCCGGCAACGCAGCAACACCAAGUAGUGGUGGCCCGGCAGCCUACAACGCUCCAACCCCAACAGACAUGUCCAUCGAACCAGACCCAGACAUCAUCUUGACAGAUAUGUGUGACGAAUCCUGGCUCGCAGUCCUAUCACACCGCCUCAAUAGCUCCGCUCAUCUCACCGACUUCCGUCCAGCCCUAUCAAGCGGCUAUCUCCUGCGCCGAAAGGGCAUCACCGAUAGUGACGGUGUCUUUGCCUUGGCGGCUAACCUUAUCUACUCCGCCCGUUCUCCUGCGUCCCAUGACAACGUCUUGAAGGAUACGCUGAGCAUGUAUCGGGAUAUGGCGACUCUGGCUCGUGUCAAGGGCAUUCGCUGUGUUCAGGGUAAUACUCUACCUUGGCAUAUUGCUACAGCUCUUCGUGCUCAAGAGCUAUUAAGUUCUACAUUUUGA